ACCAGACAGCAUUUGAAAGCCUGCAGAUCUAAUCACACACAGAGAGAGGGAGAAAUGGCAGAAGUCGCCCCAGCCCCCGCUGUUGCCGCCCCAGCCAAAGCGCCCAAGAAGAAAUCCACUGUGAAGGCUAAGAAAGUAGGUCCAGGCGUCGGCGAGCUGAUCGUCAGCACUGUGUCCGCAUCUAAAGAGAGGAGCGGUGUGUCCCUCGCCGCCCUGAAGAAAGCGCUCGCCGCCGGUGGAUACGAUGUGGAGAAGAACAACUCCCGCGUCAAGACCGCCAUUAAGAGCCUGGUGACUAAAGGCACCCUGGUGCAGGUCAAAGGGACCGGCGCCUCGGGCUCCUUCAAGCUCAACAAGCAGCAAGCUGAGACCAAGAAGAAGCCCGUCAAGAAAGCGGCUCCUAAAGCCAAGAAACCCGCAGCCGCUAAAAAGCCCAAAACUGCAGCAGUAAAGAAGGUCGCCGCUAAGAAAUCCCCGAAGAAGGUGAAGAAGCCCGUCGCUAAGGCAACGAAGAGCCCAAAGAAGGCAAAGAAACCAGCGACACCUAAGAAAGCAGCCAAGAGCCCGAAAAAGGCAAAGGCAGCCAAACCCAAAACGGCGAAACCUAAAGCCGCCAAGCCUAAGAAGGCAGCUCCAAAAAAGAAAUAA